AUGAAUCAUAAUUUUUCUUCUAUGAUUGAUCGGUAUAAACAUCAACUCCGAAUUGGAUCAGUUUCGCCUCAACAAAUAAGUGCUUGGGCCAAUAAAAUCCUACCUAAUGGAAAGGUUGUUGGAGAAGUGACAAAACCUUAUACUUUUCAUUACAAAACCAAUAAACCUGAAAAAGAUGGAUUGUUUUGUGAAAGAAUUUUUGGGCCUAUAAAAAGUGGAAUUUGUACUUGUGGAAAUUAUCGAGUAAUCAGAAAUGAAAAAGACGACCCAAAAUUUUGUGAACAAUGCGGAGUCGAGUUUGUUGAUUCUCGGAUACGAAGAUAUCAAAUGGGCUACAUCAAACUGGCAUGCCCAGUAACUCAUGUAUGGUAUUUGAAACGUCUUCCUAGUUAUAUUGCAAAUCUUUUAGAUAAAUCUCUUAAAGAAUUAGAAGGUCUAGUAUAUUGCGAUGUGUGAUUUGAUCGAAAUUCUGAUUUUACAGUUUUGGAAUGAAAGAAAAACUGUCAUCCCAAAAGAAAUGGGAUGUCCUGGAUCUGACAUGUCUCUUGAGAGGAGUAAUAUGAAGCUCAGAAUUAUGGGUGUAUUCAAUACUCCCUAAUAAAAGAGGAAUUGGUCUAUGGUCGCUGCAGUAACAAAUAAA